UCGAAUAAUGCUGCAAGAACUGCCUCACGAUUUCGACGUCUAAUUGAAUGGCUCUCAGGAUUUGGGAAUGAUAUCGUUGGUCCUGUGGAUCGGAUCCUCUCCAAAUUUCCAAAAUCUGAAAGAUCUAAAGCCUUUAAUUUUAUAUGUGCUGGUCUUGCCUCUUAUCAUGUUCCCUUUGAGGAUCUUCCAACUUAUAUGUCUUUCAUUUUUGGCGAUGAUGUUCCUCCUUCAAAGGUGGCUCAAUCCCCUCCUAUCCUAUCCAACCUUUCAGAUAAAUCCUACGGAUUAAAAGCUCUACAUGUUUUAGCUGUGGGGGAACCGAGUCCACGGUACCUUUCUGUUUGGCCUCCACGUCUGUUAAGGGCUUUCCGCAAUGGGCAUAUCCCAACUUCGGCGUGUGAUGCCCUUUUUGCCUUUGGAAUGGUCCUUAAAGGUGUCGUGGAGGAUUAUCAGUCUAGGGAGCCCUUUAAUUUGUGCAGUCUUCCUCUUCGACGAAUCUUGGUGGGUCUGCUUGUUGAUACCUAUCCUUCGAACACCUUCCGUCUUCCGGGGAUCUUCAAGCACAAAGGAAAACUUUCCUAUAAAGAGUACCGUCGGGAGGGAUGCACUGUCAUGAUCCACAAAAUUGUGAACUUUGAUCAGAUUUCCCUCAAAGGUUUCCCCAAUGGAUUUGCAUUCCUCCAACAUCAUUUACAUCUUCCUGAUCGGCCUCCCAUUAUUCCAAAGUGGUUGCACUCUGUGGCUUGUGUUCUCUUUUUGUGGGCUAGAUUUGAUGCCCGUCCUGAAACAGAGAAUCUGUCUACUUCUUCAGUUGGCUUGGCUGUAAGUCUCUGUGCAAUUGCUGUUCAAAUGAGGCUUCUGGAGAAGGGUUCCAUUAUCGAUGUUAGAGGCCGUAGUGACAUUAAUGGGAAGUUAAUGUCCAUAAGAGGCAGAAAUAUUUCUGGAGCAAGAAUGGAGCCCUUAAGAUUCGCCUAUCUGCAUAUUAUUGCACAAAUCGAAUCAGUGUAUAGCUAUUUAACUGCUUUAAUUGAUGUCAUUGAUGCGUUGAUGCCAGAAGAAGUUGGGUGUGGAAUGGAAUUUCUUCCACCACAGAUAAUGUUCCCAUCGGGAUGUCUGGCACAUCAUAUUGCCUGC